AUGUCUGACAAUGUUGGACUCUCGACACCCAGAGGAAGUGGGACAUCUGGAUAUGUCCAACGAAACCUAGCACACCUCAAGCCGCGCGAUCGAGCAGCCCCCUACAAUACCAAAGACCUCGAUAGCUUCAAGCAUCGGCAACGACAACCGGACAAGGAGAUUCUGGAGCACGAUCGCAAGCGCGAAGUCGAAGUAAAGGUCUUCGAACUGCGCGACCAGUUAGAAGACGAAGGAGUUGACGAGGAUGAGAUUGAUAAACGUUGCGAUGUCUUACGAAAAGAACUGCAAGCCAAGAUGAACAAGGGAGAUAGGGGUGCGGCACCGAGGAAACCACUCAAGGCGCAUCAAGUUCACGAACUAGCCGAUGCGAAGAUCAAGGAGAGUGAGCGGUUACGAAAUGCAUUGAAGAUAAGCAAGGACUACGAGGAAGGAAGCCACUGGAAGCGGCAAGAGGAAAGGCUAAGGAAAGCCGCGGAAAGGGACUCCUCUACUCAGAACAACAGAGAUUAG